UGGGAGGGAGUUUAGUUUGCACUGUGUUGUGUGUUUGAAGAAUCAGCAUUGUAGACUACUUGUACUAGUAAUUAUUUUCUUGGAGUGGUCAUGUAAAGAGCCUGUACAACUAGAAGAUAUUUGUGACAGAAACCCGUUGGCUAAGCAUUCUUUAAUUGAAAACUUGAGCGAUCAAUUUCCCCACAUACUGCGUGCUAGCUAAUGUUAGUCAGAGCUUACUUGCAUGGCUAAGGUUCAUUGUUAGCUAGCUGGUAUUAGCACACAAAGCAAUUGAAGUGACAUGAGUUUGAUAUGCAACAACAGGAGAUGAAAAGCGAUAGUUGCAUGGUUUGCAAUACCGCUAGGGUCUGAAGUGAAUGGAUAUUUGAAUGGGAAUAUGUUUGUUUAUUUCCGAAAGAAGUCAAGUAUAACGUUAGUUGCUAGCUGAGGUUGAUUAGCUGUUUGACUUUGGCAAGCCAGUCCGCUAACGUAGGCUAAAUAGUACCGUUUCGUUAGACGAGUUUACAUCAGCGUGCUGGAGAAACUAGCUCAAGACAACCUUAACACGUCUACAGUACUUUAAGACUUGUUUGUUGUAUUCAAUGUUUUGCUGAAUAUCGCCUGUAGACACAGCACGUCUAUACGACAACAUGCCAGAGAUCAAAUUGAAACACGUCGUGUCCUGCAGCACAGAAGACAAUACGCACAAGGCAGACAAUUUGCUGAGUUCAGACACUUACAGAAAGUGGAAAGCAGCGCGGCCAGGCGAGAAGCAAACCUCUGUUAUCUUACAAUUUGAGAAAGAGGAGCAGAUCCACAGCAUCGACAUUGGCAAUGAGGGAUCCGCCUUCAUUGAGGUGCUUGUGGGUCACUCCACCUCUGUCAAGGAUCAGGAUUAUGAGGUUCUGUUGGUCACGUCCUCCUUCAUGUCUCCGACGGAGAGCCGCGGCAGCACCAACACCAGCAGAGUUCGCUUCUUUGGGCCCAACCAGCUCGUCAAGGCCACAGCACAAGAGAAGUGGGACCGUGUGAAGAUCGUCUGCUCUCAGCCCUACAGUAAAACAAUUGCUUAUGGAUUGGCCUUUGUGAAGUUCCAUUCACCACCUGACAACAGUGAUCCACCUGCCUCUUCCCCUAAACUCACCAAACUGGGGCAGUUCCGAGUGAAGGAAGAGUCUCCCUCUAAAGGCCAGAGUCUCCAACCUGGCAGUCUGUUUUUUAGCCGCGACAGCUCCAAAGCCAGCAGCACCACUCCCAAGGUCUCCACUCAGAAUGACAAGUUGAGUUAUGCUGCAGCGACUCUGAAGUCGGAGUCUGCUACUCCUACGUCUUCCAGCUCUACCUCGUCCCAGGUUCCAGUGAAGAGGAAGUUUGAGUUCAGCAAAGAGAGACAGGAGGCCCCUCCGCCUAAGAAGCCCAGUCCAGCUGGUUCCCCAGAGGCCAAGAGCAGCACCCCUAAACCCAAAGCCAGACCCAGCACAACAACACCCAGCCCCAAGGCCUCGUCAGCACAGAAGCCCUCAGACAAGAGGGAGAGCUCAAGCAAAGCCGAACACAAGCCCAAACCUGAACCCAAAGCCCAGCCCAAGCCCAAGCCCAGCCCCAAGGUCCAGCCCUCCACACCUGCGCCCUUCAACCGCCUCCUGGAGGGCGUGGUGUUCGUCCUCAGCGGCUUCCAGAACCCGUUCCGGGGCGAUCUGAGGGACAAGGCUCUGGCCAUGGGCGCCAAGUACCGUCCCGACUGGACUCCGGACGCCACCCAUCUCAUAUGUGCCUUUGCGAACACACCCAAAUACAGUCAGGUGAAGUCAGCCGGUGGACUGAUCGUCCGCAAGGAGUGGGUGCUGGACUGCCACAGCAGAAAACAGAACAUCUCUUACAAACGGUAUCUGAUGGAUGGCGCCGAGUCGAGCUCGGACGGGAGUGACCUGGAGGACGAAGAGAGCGAGGAAGAGCCCGUUACCGUGCGGAAGACUCCGGAAAAGAGGAAUGCCACGCCACAGAAGCAAGCAGUAAAGGUGGAGGUGAAGGAGGAGGAGGAGGAUGAGUACGGGGGCUCCACUGAUGCUGAUGAGCCAGAUAAUGACGCGGAGUCUGGCAUGGACACAGAGGAUGAACUAAAGAGGGUGGAAACGGAGAGCCAUCACAAGAAAAAAAGGAGGGAUGAGAAGUGUCAGGGUGGAGGACAGGAGGACCCUUACGGAGGAUCAACAGAUGAGAAUACAGACGCAGAGGAGGAAGUGGACAAGCCCAUCCCUGACCUCCCAGAUUACCUGAAGGGGAGGCACCUCUACCUUUACGGCAAGUUCCCCCAGAACGAGAGACGCCUGCUCCAGCGCUACAUCAUCGCCUUCAACGGAACACUUGAGGACUACAUGAGUGACAAGGUGCAGUUCGUCAUCACCAGUGAGGGUUGGCAUGACUCUUUUGAGGACGCACUGAUGGAAAAUGCCAACUUGAGUUUUGUAAAGCCUAAAUGGAUCUUUGCCAUUAACGAGCGACAAAAGCUGCUCCCUCAUCAGCCUUACGCAGUGGUGCCGGUCUAAACAACUGACUGCACCAAACGACCGACCGACAGACAGACAGACACAGACCCCCACAAUCCCCCAAUCCUGUGCAUUGGAGCUUUGAGUCUCUUCUCUCCACCAGCCCUCUGACCCAGGGUCAGUUAGCCCGGUCCAACCACAGCAGACCUCAUCUGCAUGGAAAUUAAUCUCAGUUCCAUCGUGCCCACCCAAAGGUGACUCUAGCCGUUAGCAUUUAACUCAACAGUUAGCAGUCAGCCUGCCUACCUAUGCCUUGCUCAGGGUCUAUGCAAAGAACAAGAAUCUACUAUUUCCUCAGUACGUCAGAUUUGGUUUAAACAUUACAAAGUGCCAGUGACAUGAAGAGAGAUGGAAAUGCAAGAAGAUGUUUUGCCCCUCCAGAAUGCUACCUGUUUUUGGACCGAUGGAAGUCCACAACUAGUGAGAAUCUCAGGUUUAUGAGCUCCUCUUCUUCAAUGCAGCCCUGGGGGAAAAAACAACCUCUGAUUGUUGAAACAAGGAGCAGAACUGUCAACUUCCUGCAUCUUUUAUGUCCCAUAACACACAGUGAUAUUAUAGAGAUCUAGUUACCGUUAAAAUACUAGAUAGUGUUAUUGUAGACCAGACUGCUUAAAAAGACCUUCGAAGAACGCUCAGAUGAAUUUGCGUCGUGAGCGGUUGCAUUUUCUUGUUCGGUUUACAGAUUAUUCUUUUGAAAGUUUAUGCGGUCACAAUAAAGCAACUAAAUUUGAAGUGCAGACUAUUACCAUAUUGUAUGUCGUAAGUCAAACAAAGCACCUACAUGCCAUCUCCAUCACAUUGCGACUGCGUUGCCAUCAUUCUAUCAUUUUUAACUGAAUGAAUUUAAUACUUUUGGCUUAUUUAAUGGCAAUAAAGGAUGGAUUCAGGCUAGUGUAAAUCAUUUGUUACUUUUCUGUCUGUUUAGUGUGAAGAUGUUUCUGUUUGUAGCUUUUGUGUGUGCCUUGUGUGCUUACUGUAGUUUGUGUAUUUGAAAUAUGUUUGCCACUGGUUUUAAUAUUAAAAACUGUCUUUUAAAUUGC